UCUUAUAUUUGAAAAAAAUAUAUUUUUUACAGACUACAGCCUUUUGAUUAUUGUAGGCUUCUUUUCUUCUGGGCUGUUUUCCCUCAAAUACUGACAAUACUAAAGUGUUUUCUCAGCUUGUCCCCCCCAUUUCUACCCCCUGCAGCUGCUUGGGUUUUCCCUUUAUGUGAAAGGACUGCUAAUGGCUAUGCUCUCUGAAGUUACCAUUAUUUGGAGUUGUUCCUGGCUGCCUUACUCUUACCAGUAUAAUAACUGGAGAGGAAGGGAUGGGAGCUGAGGGGAUAGAAGGUGUAGAAACGAUCCACUUCAGAAAAUCCACCUAGGAAGAUCAUCACCUCAGGCAACAAGACAAAAUGGCGGUUGGUAAUUCUAUUUCUCUGCUCCUAUUGUCCUUAUACAAAGUCUGGUUCUGGCCAAAACAAACGUAUUGCUGCCUUGUUUGAUCAUGUCUACUUUGGCGGUGUGUGGGUAUUUAUGUUACAUGACUAGGUAUGAAAUUCUAGCUGUAGUCCAACACAAUCACAGUUCAUUUUAUGUGGCACACGAUGGGCACAGAUAAAAGCAUAUCCUUCCUCCUCUCCAUCUGUUGUGCCUCUGUAUCUAUUACUGGCACCAAUGUCCAGCGCCGUUAUUAACUUCGGAAGCGUCUGUCGUCACAGGCAUCACUCCACUCUCAUUUCCAUUUCAAGAGUACCAGGGGAUCCCUAGUCUUGGAAAAUUCUUCACCGUGGCCCAGAGCAGAGGAUCCUGGUAUCUAUCUGCUCACGUCCUCCCAUUGCGUCCGUUGUUUUCCCCGCAGCGCGCAUGCGCACACACCCCUCCCACCCCAUCCUGAUCUGGGUCCUCUCUGCUUUACACCCCCCACCCCGCCCUAAAGCGGAAGUACAGCCGCAGGACUGAAGGAUCCCUGGCAGAUAGGGGCCAUUCAUAUGGUCCCAGAACCGUAAAAAGCCACUCUGAGUGUCUGUUUUGGAACUUUCAAGUUCAGGACUUAACUACAAAUUGACUUCUAGACACAUCCAGAGCCGUCCUGUAUAUAGAAGCAAAGUGAAAAUAUUUCUGGGGCUUCUUAGAUAACCAUUCCAAAGAAAACAUAUGGUUAUCUGUAGAGUUAUAGAUGCUAUUUAAGAUAAACACAAAUGGUGACACCUUCUUGUUUGGCAGCCUUGACAAGAGGACAUCACCCUUAUAACCACAGAAACAAAUUUAUAGACUGUAAUGAUCCAUUUUCCAUUACUGCAACAAGAUAUCUGAACUUGAGUUGUGUAUCAAGAAAAGAGCACAUCACUUCGUAGACUGAAAUUCCAAAACUGGGCAGCUUCACUUGCUUGGCUUCUGGUAAAGAUUUCAUGACAGAUGGCAUCAUGUUGGGAAUCCAUUUGAGAGAGAUCACAUGGUGAUGGAGGAAGCCAGAGAGGGUGAAGAAACAGAAGAAUAUGACCAGACUGGCCAACAACCACUGGGAUAUUGGUGAAGGCACCAGAAUAGCCCUCCUUCAAUGCCUUUAUCACCAAGAGCAUCAUUUGGUCACCCGGCCAGUCAGCCUCAGCAAAUAUGUUCCAUUUUAAUAUAAAAGAGAAGAUUCCAAUAUGCAAGACUGAAGCUCACCUGUGAGUGAAACAGGAAAUUCCCAGUGGUCAAGGUGGGCUGCAACGCCAACUGAAACAAGCUUUUGUGCUUUCCAGAGAAAAAAGGCUACAAUUACUAUACAGGAAGUGAAAGCUGAACUGCAGAGAGAAAAAUCAGAGAUUCCUCGGGUUUCCUCAAAACUGAUUGCAUUCUACUGCAGCGUUUCUAGAUCCAAAGUUUGAGAAUGCAACAAAUUCCCAGUCAGAAUUACAAUGGAAUUUAUUCUGGAGCUUAACAAAAAAUGUCCAAGGAUCAUCUAAAAGAGGAAGCAGAAUGGAUUAUUUCCCCGUGAUUUUCCCCCUGCUGUUGGUGACUCUGCACGGAGUUCCAGAAACAGCAGUGGUCUCCGGCGCAGCGCUCAGCCUGAAGGCUCACAGCACAGGAGGGGAGAAGCCCCCGACCGGCGUCCUGGGGCUGCUGCGCAGGUCCAAGCGCUGCUCCUGCUCUUCCCUGAUGGACAAGGAGUGCGUCUACUUCUGCCACUUGGACAUCAUCUGGGUCAACACUCCCGAGCAUGUUGUUCCCUACGGACUUGGAAGCCCUUCUAGGUCCAAGCGAUCCUUGAAAGAAUUAUUUCCUACAAAGGCAGUAGAGCAUAGGAACAGAUGCCAGUGUGCUAACCCAAAAGACAAGAAGUGCUGGAAUUUUUGCCAACCAGGAAAAGAACUCAGUUCCCAGGACACAGUGGAGAAAGGCUGGGAUAACUACAAGAAAGGAAAAGAUUGUUCCAAGCUGGGAAAGAAGUGGAUCUCCUGGGAGCUGGUGAAAGGAAGGAAAAUGAGAAGGUUGGAGGCCAUCAGCAAUGGUAUCAAACCAUCUUUACCCCUUGCAAAGUUGAAAGCCAUGCUCUACAGAGAGCAGAAAGUGACCCAGAACCGAACACAUUGAUUAUAGAGCUUCUGGGUCUGUCUGAAGCCGUCACCUCCAGAGAAAGAGCCCUGUGGCCAACUGUGCGCUCUUUCCAAGCCGGCUGGGAUCAGAGCAAGAGGACCCUCUCUGCUUAGUCUGCAUCUCGUUCCAGAGUGGCAAAGGACCUGCGUCCUUCUUGUAUGCAUUCCAAGAAAGGCGAAGGUGUUCCUCAACCUGUCUUCCUUUGCUUCCAUUGGUGGUAAUUGCUUUUGUCUCUUCUUGCCUUUGAGAAUGACAGUGGACCUCUCCGAAAGCAGGACACAUGAUGCCUUCAUAUUAGUGUGGCAUCCUACAAAGGGAGGAAGGAGAUUCCACAGGAGGGUGGAGUUUCAGAAGAAAGUCCUAAAGGUGUGUUUGUGUCUGACUCAGGCGCCUGGCACAUUUCAGGGAGAAACUCCAAAGUUCACGCAAUGAUUUUCUAAGGAAUGCAUAAAUUGAAAACACACUCAAAAGACAAACACUCAAGUAAAAUUAAAAAAAAAAAGACGGGGCUUUUUAAAUUAUAAAAUGCAAAGCUGAAAGGAACUGUUACUACUGGAAAUCAGGAUGUGAUUCACGAGUUUGAGUCUACCUCAGCAUUAUUGCACUCUGGUUGGAGCUUUUCCCACCUUUUAUUCCUGCUUCCCCAAUCUGCGCCCUUCAUCACCAACCCCUUCCAACCCGCAUGUCGGGUCCGAGCCUCACCGAAGCUCGGUUCAAUGUGUCAGUAGUAGAUACAACGCUUUCAUGCUAAUCUGCUAGCUCUGAUCCGUGAGAAGAAAGAUCAUACAAUCAGGAGCUUCCUCUACCUUGAUUUAUUGGAAGUACAAUGUUAUAGGGGCAUUUAUGAAAGAAACAGAAAAGUACAUGUUGGUUAUGCUUUAAAGCAGUAAAAUUAUUGUUUCUUUAUGUAACCAGGUAAUGGAAGAGCUUAGAUUGAAUUCUGAUGUACCUAUUUUUUUAGAGAUAUUUAUAUUCAAACAAUUUAUUCUUUAUAUUUACCAUGUUGAAUAUAUGUCUGG